CUUAUUUUUGUUUUUUUUCAUGACAUCGAUGAAGGGAAGGGCGUUGAUCCGAUGUACCGCCGCACAAGCCAGGGCGCUCUCGUGUCUCCGGAUGACGGGAGCAUAGCUAGCCUCUCCCUCACCGAGAUGCUACUGCUACUGUUGCUGUGCGGUGCGCUGGGAUCCCGCAAUGAUCUUCUCGGGCGGGCGCUUUCGGAGCUCUGCCAUGUUACGAUUCCAGAAGUCAAGAGUCUAAGACAAGACCGCCGCUCGCACACAGACUUGACCAAGAACCAGCGCUCGAGGCAUCUCCACACGCCACUCCCCCUAACGGCAAAGCAAGACAAGACAGGCAGACGAUCAGAGUGCAGCAUUCCUCUUUUCGCGCCUCUCUCCUGGCCACGUUUCUCCGCCAGACUUCCUCUCCUCGCGCCCUAGGACCCCUUUCGGCCAGGCCGUUCUCACCGCCCGCUACGGUCAAUCUCUCUCUCUCUCACCGACCGGCUUGUAUUUAUUCAUUUCCCCAGAAGUCUUUCCAUCAACGCUUCAGCAGCCCAGGAAAAACAGAUUUAACUAUCCGCUGAGCAACCAUGGCUUCUGCACCGA